CCUUAUUGCAUAGCCAUUAUCAGCCGGUGCUUGCUCAUACACAUCAAUACCAUCUGUCCAGCGCACUUGCUUCUGCGCUCGAUAUAUAUCCUCGAUUGCAUUCAUCCACUAGUCAACCAUAAAUUAUCGAGCGCAAUGCCCCACUGCAAGACGACGGUAUCCCUUGCAUGAUUUGCUCCUGGUCAAAUGUCUAGCAUCCCCAGGCAUUCAAAGAGAAAUUUUAUCAAGCACUGCGACAUUUCGCCCAACGAUCAAGGCAGGAGUCAGUGUUGCAUAUCGUGAUAUUCACACCGCAACCUACGCAUACGACUUGUUCUUAAAGCCCCGACUUGCACUAUACCACACAACAUGAACGGGCAUUUAUCCUUUCAGAAAACCGAACCUGACGAGCCAUCGACAUAUACAAAAGCGAUACUACUACGGGAUGACCGGUCCCUAGCUGUACGACGAGCAGGAUCUACCGACUCGGACGGGACAUCGGAAGGAACUUCCGUAGACACAUCCCCAGAAGCCAUUCCAGACGCGUUGCCUACAGUUGCCGAGCGCGUAUCGAAGAUGAACGGGGAAGGCUUGAAUAUCCAAGGGCGGUCCAAUGGAGUAGAGGACGUGAUUACCCCAAGCUCCUCCCCUUUGAGUGAAGUGAAUGGGGACGGUCCAGCAGCGCAAAUAGUGGAGGUGGAUUCUUCAAACGACCCCACACCGAUGCCAUCCGAUUCUUUUGUGGGUCCUCUCCCCUCACCAAUGACAAAUAUUGGAAGUACGCCAGUCCCUGCUUCCAAUGGUCCGCCAUCUCCUCCACCCCUAAUCAUUCCCGGGACAACCUCGCUUCCAAAUUCUCCGGAUCCGAACAAUCUUUCAUCUAUUCAAGCUCGACGAUUCACCGCUCUUACCACACAAACAGCGGGUAACUCGCCUAUCUCUCCUCUGUCAGGUCGACAUGGCUUAUCUCGCCCCGUCAUCGGCGCCAUGCCGUCAAUGUCGAAUAUGCGUAUCACCCCUGCCGUCCUCCUCACCCCUGUUGUCCCCCGACCCCUAACACUAUUUCCUCUCCCACCUGUGACGCCAAUCUCCGCGAAUGAAGAAGAUCCCGAACAAGAGGCGCGUCGAGCACGAAGGAAUGUGCCCAUCCUGAUGUCCCCUGGCACGCAGGAAGAACAGGUGGAUGAUGGGGGCAGUAGUCCAGGAACUUCUGACGACGAAGGCGACGGUACUGAUUCUGAGGGGACGAGCGAGGAGGGGACGAGCACAGAAGGAGAUGCGCGAAGCACACGCUCCUCAAGUGAGGGGAGCAGCAAUAUCGCCCUGUCUGAUAGCCCUGAACAGGCUGGCUUACCCCCGCGUGAAAGGGCGGACAGCACCGCUACAAGAUCCAGCUAUCGCACGGCACGCACAAGUAGGAGAACCGCAAAACAGAGACAAUCGAUGUUGUCUAUGGCCGCUGCGAUGGCUCCCCUUACAAGACCGUUCAGACCGACUACCUCCCCCGACUCAGACGAAUUGCCGACCGUCGAUGGUACUCCGACACCUGGCCCGUCCAAACCUUCCAAGAUGAGAGAGCGUGACUAUUUUACUCCCAAGAGUGGCUCUUCUCUCGCGGAUGGAAGCGCUCUCCAAACUCCUAAACCACCCACAGCGGGCCGACCGCGAGGCGUCACUGACGCCGAAACCCGACCUCGGCCCAGCUUGUACCAUCAGAUAUCCCGCAGCUUGAUCGAUCUUUCCGUCGAGAUCCGCAAGCCUCUCAUUCCCGACCCUGUGCCAAUACCUCAACCCAUCCCUGAAAAUGACGUUCUGAUGGCGAGCCCUGUUGCCGCCCUCAAGCGACGUACCUCGCUUCCCUCCGUUAAUCCUCCUGCGUACUCGCCGCCGCACCCACAUAAUGCGGUCGUGCGUAUAUCGGCGAGGGAAGAGGAGGGCAUGGAGAAACUUCCUGCAUAUUCAUGCGGCGUCCAUAUUGAAGGCGUUCUCCUUCGAAAAAUGGAGUUCGCCGCGCCGGGUGUACAGGCGCGUGAUAGAAGCUGGAAGAAGUACUGGUUUGAGUUACAUGGCUCAAGUCUGAAGGUGUUCAGGCAUGAUCUGAGGAAGAUACCUGUGAAAGGGUACCAGGCAUGGGACGGCAAAGGGUGUGCAGAGGCUGGCAAAGCGCGGCAUGUUCAUCUUCCCGAAGGCGUUCUGGAGGACAAGGACCGUGCGAUCCAGUUGGAACGAGAGAAGAGCAAGUUCGAGGCAGCGCGCAAAGCGAGGAGAGCGAGCAUCAAUUCUGUCACGAGUGACACCCGGAGGAUAUCGACUGCGUCUGCACUAUCUCAGACCACUCGCCCUAGUUCGCGCGCCAGCACAGUCCCGACCUCCCUUUACUCUCGCACUGCGAGCACUGUUCUAAGCACAAACCUUUCAAGCACGCCACCCUCACCAAAUGGGCCGAUUCAAUCCUCCCCUGUCUCAUCUUCGCCUGAGCGCCCAGGCCCAUCGCCAUUCGAGAAACUGUCCCCACCACCAACGGCCUUCGCUGUUCCCGCUCUGCGGGAUAAGGAGACGAAGUCUGCACCUUCUUCCGCAAACACAAGCACAUUGCGCCAUCCGCAUUUACCCAGCUUCCACCACGGGAACGCGAUGCUGAGGCACUACACGAUGCAAGGCGCAGAAAGUGGUUUAGGCGCGGAUUACAAGAAGCGGAGGAACGUGAUCCGAGUUAGGGCAGAAGGCGAACAGUUCCUCCUACAGGGCGAGACGCUCGUAGAGGUUGUGAAUUGGAUCGAGGCGUUCCAAGCAGCAACAAAUAUCGCGCUCGACCUGGAUGAACGGCCUAUGCCAAAGUUGCCUACUCUGCCCCGGCGCCGGAGGAGAAGGCGCCUUCCUCAGGAAGGAGCUAGUGGGCCGGAUUCUGCGCACCCAAUAUCACCAGGUACUCCGGUUGGAUCCAGUACACAAGCGAGUGUACCCAAUUCCGCAGCCUCUACGAGCCGCUCUUAACCGGACUCCGGACUCUUCCACUGUGACAUAACACCGAAAACGAUUACUGUAUCCAUGGAUUACCACCUCCACUAGUAGCCCGUACACGUUCUGCUUUCCGCGAUGUAGCAUACUCUGU